GUGAAGGUCUGGUUCCAAAAUCGUCGAACGAAGCACAAACGGAUGCAGCAGGAGGAGGAGGCGAAGGCGCAGCAGCAAUCGGGCGGCGGGGGCGGCGGGGGCGGCGGGGGGAACGGGAACAACAACGCGAACAACAAAAACACCCAUCACGUGAGCAAGUGGCAGCAGGAGACCGGUGACUAUCACCACGAGGAGGAGGAGGAGGAAGAGCACAUCGAUCCCGAGGCCGAAGAGUGUUCGAGCGGGUCCGAGGCGUAGCUAGACGUCCUCUGCCUGGACUAAGGCGUCAGGAGUUCCGUCUGACCGACGAGGAACGUCCUCGAGAACGUCUCACCAGCUCCUCCAGUCGAAUCCUGAAGGACUCUGGAGUCCAAGUGGAAUCACAACGAAAUUCGAGGAAUUUCCAGGUCGAACCCAUGAGCAAAGACCUGGAAUCGUCGAUCGUUCCAAACGUGGACCUGAAAUUGAAUCACACGGGGAAAUGGGGCUGACACCCACGGGAGGACCGUUCGGGGAAGGUCGAGGAACCGAGUCGCAUCGGUGAGGCAAUUCCAGACUGGAAUUGCGAAGCAAUAUCGAGAUGGAUUUGUCGAGCAAUUUCAG